GACGUGGAUAUUGUCAACUUCGCGCUUACCUUAGAACAUCUCGAGAACACAUUCUAUACCGCCGGACUGCAGAACUUUUCUGCGCAAGCGUUCGCGGACGCCGGAUUCGCGGCUCCAGUGAGGGGGUUUUAUGAGCAGCUUUCGCUGCACGAGAAGACGCAUGUCGAUAACCUGACGAGCAUAAUCGGCGCGGACAAGGCCGUGAAAGCGUGCACGUACAACUUUGGCGAAAAUCUGAACGUGAAGACGUUUGUCGAUUUAAGUGACAUGUUUGAGGUCAUCGGCGCAUCUGCGUAUAAUGGUGCUGCCCGGUUCCUGCACAACAAGUAUAUUCUUACCAUCGCGGGAUCAAUCCUUGCAACUGAAGCGCGGCAGUCCACAUGGAUCAAUAAUGCCGUACGCAAGGCUAACCCGUGGUCCACCUCAUAUGAAACUCCUCUCGAUCUCAACCAAGUCUUCACCCUCGCCUCGUCCAUUAUCGUGUCCUGUCCCUCCAACAACCCUCCGAUCCCCGUCUCCGCCUUCCCAGCGCUCACGGUCAGUCCAUCGACCGCCGGGCCUGGGCAGAGUAUCUCGAUCAACUUCACCCUCCCGUGGGCGUCGAAGAGCGGUGGCUCAUCGCUCAGCGGCAAGGGUCUGUUCGCGACGUUCUUGUCUGGGAUCACGCCGACGUCUAUCGCGCUCGAGGGGCAGACGGCCCCGUUCAAAGUCACGAUCCCGCCAGAAUUGAGGGGGUUUGUGUUUCUGGUGAUCACGAACAGCACAACUGUGACGGACGACUCGGCGACAGUCGCGGGGCCUGCAUUCUUCAACUUCGCGUUCGAUAGUAAUAAUACAAUUAUUCAGCUGUCAGUUUGA